AUGGAGUACUUGCCAGGCGGUGACCUGAUGUCUCUGCUGAACCGAUACGAGGAUCAAUUUGACGAGUCAAUGGCUCAGUUUUAUUUGGCUGAGUUGGUAGAAGCCAUUCAGACAGUCCACCAGCUGGGUUACGUCCACAGAGAUGUCAAACCAGAAAACAUUCUCAUCGACCGGACUGGUCACAUUAAGCUCGCCGAUUUUGGAUCAGCUGCCAAGUUGACUGCAAACAAAACCGUAGCCACUGCCACAGUCCCUGUUGGAACCCAGGACUUUCUGUCCCCAGAGGUCCUGACAGUCAUAAACGGCGGCUCUCAGAGCACCUACGGGGUUGAGUGCGACUGGUGGUCCCUUGGCGUUAUUGCAUAUGAGAUGAUCUACGCCAAGUCUCCUUUUUCUGAUGCCACAUCUACCAAGACCAUCAACAACAUUCUUAAUUUUCAGCGUUACUUAAAGUUUCCAGAAGAGCCUCAUGCCAGUAAGCAGUUUGUUGACUUGGUGCGGGGCUUGCUGUGUGGAGCGAGAGAGCGUCUGGGCUACCAGGGACUGCGGUGUCACGCCUUCUUCUCAAAUGUAGACUGGAACAACUUAAGACAAGUUCCGCCGCCUUUCGUUCCUGCGUUGCAUGCUGAGGAUGACGCCUCUAAUUUUGAGGAGCCGGAGCAGGCUGCCCCCUGGCCAGCCUCAGCAACCCAGCGAGGAGCUGUGCCAGCAGGCUUCCGGGGCCAGGAUCUGCCCUUUCUAGGCUGGUUCUUCAGCAGAGCAUUAACAGCAUUGGCCAAAUCUGAGUCAGUGUCUGCAGGCCUCAACUCACCUGCUAAGACCAACUCCAUGGAAAAGAAGCUUCAUCUGAAAAGCAAAGAAUUACAGGAAACUCAAGACAAAUGCCAUAAGAUGGAGCAAGAAAUCUCCAGGUUCCAGCGUAAAAUGACUGACCUGGAGUCAGUGCUCCACCAGAAGGAUGUGGAGCUGAAGGCGUCCGAGACGCAGAGAAGCAUCCUGGAGCAAGACCUCGCCACCUACAUUACUGAGUGCAGUAGCCUGAAGCGGAGCUUGGAGGAGGCACGCGUCGAGGUCUCCAGAGAGGACGAUAAGGCCAUGCAGCUGCUGCACGACAUAAGAGAACAGAGCAACAAGCUGCAAGAAAUUAAGGAACAAGAGUACCACGCCCAGCUGGAGGAGAUGCAAGUGACCAUCAGGCAGCUGGAAGAGGACCUUUCAGCUGCAAGGCGUCGCAGCGACCUCUACGAAGCCGAGCUGAGAGACUCCAGACAAACAAGCGAGGAACUUAAACGAAAAGCAGUGGAAUACCAGCAGAGAAUCCAGAAGGCUAAAGAGCAGGGAAAAGCUGAAGUGGAGGAGCUUCUUUCCAAACUCGAGAAGACCAACUCUGAACAGCAGGUGAAAAUCCAAGAGCUCCAAGACAAACUGUCUAAGGCAGUGAAAGCGAGCACAGAAGCCACGGAGCUGCUGCAGAAUGUCCGACAGGCCAAAGAGCGACUGGAGCGGGAUCUGGAGCGCCUGCGGGGGAAAACCGACUCCAGUGAUACUUUAAAGCGUCGUCUGAGAGAGACGGAGCAGGAGGGCAGGAAGACCCUGGAAAACCAAGUAAAGAGGCUGGAGAUGGUGGAGCGUCGGGAGAAUAAGCUGAAAGAUGACAUUCAGACCAAAUCUCAGCAGAUCCAGCAGAUGGCCGAAAAGAUCCUGGAACUGGAGGAGAACCUGAGGGAUGCCCAGUCAACGGCUCAGAGGAUGGAAACUCAGCUGGUUCAGAAGGAGAGGCUUUUUGAAGAUAAGAUCAAGGUCCUGGAGUCCCAGAUGAAGGCAGACAUGGCCGAGAAGGAGAGCCUCGAGGCAAAGAGGGCGCAGCAGGAGGAGGAGUCGAGAGAGAACUGCAAACUAAUCAGCGAACAGAAAGCUACCAUCAAUGCCAUGGAUUCCAAGAUGAAGAACCUGGAGCAGCGCAUCGCCGAGCUGUCCGAGGCUAACAAGCUGGCCGCCAACAGUAGCAUCUACACCCAGAAGAAUAUGAAAGCCCAGGAGGAGAUGAUCUCAGAACUUCGUCAGCAAAAGUUUUACUUGGAGUCUCAAGCAGGCAAGCUAGAGGCUCAGAAUGCCAAACUAGAGGAGCACUUGGAAAAAAUGAGUCAGCAGGAGCAAACCAGGAGAACCCGGCUGAUGGAGCUGGAGAGUCGGCUGCGGGAGAUGGGCCUUGAACAUGAAGAAGAGAAACUGGAAAUUAAGAGACAAGUGUCAGAGUUGACCUUGUCUCUUCAAGAGCGCGAGUCCCAGAUCAGUAGCCUGCAGGCUGCACGCCUCGCCCUGGAGAGUCAGCUGCAGCAGGCGAAGACGGAGCUGGAAGAGACCACUGCUGAGGCAGAGGAGGAAAUCACUGCACUGAGGAACCACAGAGACGAUAUUCAGCGCAAAUUUGAUGCCUUAAGGGACAGUUGCUCAGUGAUCACUGACCUGGAGGAGCAGCUCACACAGCUGAGUCAGGAGAAUGCUGAGCUGAACCGCCAGAACUUCUACUUGUCGAAACAGCUCGAUGAAGCGUCGGAUGAGAGGGAGGAUAAGAUGCAGCUCAGCCAGGAGGUGGACCGCCUCAGGAGGGAGGUGGCUGACCGGGAGAUGCACCUCAACAACCAGAAACAGAACAUUGAGACACUGAAGACAACAUGCAGCAUGCUGGAGGAGCAGGUGGUGGAGCUGGAGUCUCUGAACGACGAGUUGCUGGAGAAAGAGAGACAGUGGGAGGCAUGGAGAGGAGCUCUGGAGGACGAAAAAAACCAAGCAGAGAGACGGACCAGAGACCUGCAAAGACUACUGGAUAACGAAAAGCAAAACAGGCUUCGUGCAGAGCAGCGCAGCACCGAGUCUCGUCAGGCAGUGGAACUGGCCGUCAAGGAGCAUAAGGCCGAGAUACUGGCGUUACAGCAGGCUUUGAAAGAGCAAAGACUGAAAGCUGAAAGUUUGUCUGACACUCUCAACGAUCUGGAGAAGAAGCACGCGAUGCUGGAGAUGAACGCUCGCAGCUUGCAGCAGAAGCUGGAGACCGAGAGGGAACUGAAACAGAGGUUGAUGGAAGAGCAAGCGAAGCUGCAGCAGCAGAUGGACCUUCAGAAAAGCCACAUUUUCCGUUUGACUCAAGGCCUUCAGGAUGCCCUGGACCAAACCGACAUGCUCAAAACUGAGAGGACAGACCUGGAGUACCAGCUGGAAAAUAUACAGGCUGUGUACUCCCAUGAGAAAGUAAAAAUGGAGGGCACCAUCUCCCAGCAGACCAAACUCAUUGAUUUCCUGCAGGCCAAAAUGGACCAACCCACCAAAAAAAAGAAGGGCAUCUUUGGACGGCGGCGUGAAGAUGUAGGCACCACUACUAAUGGUGCUCUGGCUCAGCAGGCCCAGCCGGCGGUCCCCAUGCCGUACGGUGACAUGAAAAUGGCCUUGGACAAGGAGCGCUCCAGGUGUGCAGAGCUGGAGGAGGCGCUACAGAAGAUGAGGAUAGAGCUGCGCUCCCUCAGAGAAGAAGGUACGGUCUGCCAUCUUCUGUUGUUAGACCACUUUCUUCUUUGUGUCUCUUCCCUCUUGUUCCUCACAGAAAAGAGGAGGGUCACGUUUGAAAAAUUCGGUCGCCGUGUGAAGGAAAGAAUGCACCACAACAUUCCUCAUCGUUUCACUGUCGGCCUCAACAUGAGGGCUGCCAAAUGUGCCGUCUGCCUGGACACUGUUCACUUUGGACGGCAGGCUGCCACUUGUUUAGAGUGCCACACCCUGUGCCACCCCAAGUGUUCCCCGUGUCUGCCGGCCACCUGCGGUCUGCCAGCCGAGUAUGCCACUCACUUCUCAGAGGCUCUGUGCAGAGAAAAGACAAACUCACCCGCUUUGCAAAUGAAGGAGGCCACUGGGCACGUUCGUCUCGAAGGAUGGAUGAAGCAGCCUAGAAAUGGCAAACGCGGCCAGCAAGGAUGGGAGAGGAAAUAUGUGAUUCUGGACGGAACCAAACUAUCGGUCUACGAUACUGAACCUGCAGAAGACUCUCUAAAGGCAGAGGAGGAGUUUGAGCUGUGUUUAGGUGAUGGAGAGGUCACAGUUCACGGAGCCAUCGGUGCCUCUGAGCUCAUCAACACGGCCAAGUCGGACAUUCCCUACGUGCUGAAGCUGGAGUCCCAUCCUCACACCACAUGCUGGCCGGGCCAGUGCCUCUACUUCAUGGCUCCCAGCUUCCCUGACAAGCAGCGCUGGGUGGCAGUGCUGGAGUCUGUCGUGGUCGGUAGCCGCGGGUCUAAAGACAGAGCAGAAACUGAGGCGGCAGGCGUUUCUAAAAGACAGAAGAACCUAUCACCUCUGGUUCAGAAACUUCUGGGCAACUCUCUGCUGAAGCUGGAGGGGGAUGACCGCUUGGACAUCAACUGCACCCUACCUCUCACAGACCAGAUUGUUCUCGUUGGCUCUGAGGAGGGUUUGUACGCUCUCAACGUCAUCAAGAACUCUUUGACGCACAUCCCUGGACUGACUUCAGUUUUCCAGAUCCAGAUCCUGAGGGAGCUUGAUAAGCUGCUGAUGAUCACUGGGGAAGAGAGAGCGCUGUGUUUGGUGGAGAUCAAGAAGGUGAAACAGUCUUUGUCACAGUCCCAUCUCCCAGCUCAGCCCGACCUCAACCCUUUCAUCUUUGAGACAGUGAAGGGAUGCCACCUCUUCUCUUCUGGAAAGAUCGAUAACGGACUCUGUAUCUGUGCUGCGAUGCCUAACAAGAUUACCAUCCUGCGACAUAAUGAAAGCCUCAACAAGUUCUGCAUCAGAAAGGAGAUUGAGACGUCAGAGCCGUGCAGCUGUAUUCACUUCACUGGAUACAGCAUCAUAAUUGGCACAAAUAAGUUCUACGAGAUCGAGAUGAAGCAGUAUGUGCUGGAAGAGUUCUUGGAUAAAAACGACGCAACGCUGGCUUCGGCCGUCUUCGCUGCGUCCUCCCACAGCUUUCCCAUCUCCAUCAUCCAAGUCACCACAGCCCCACAGAAGGAUGAGUACCUGCUCUGUUUCCACGAGUUUGGUGUGUUUGUUGAUGCAUAUGGCCGCAGAAGUAGAAGAGACGAUAUCAAAUGGAGCCGUCUGCCUCUCUCAUUUGCCUAUAGAGAGCCCUACCUGUUUGUGACUUACUUCAACUCUUUGGAUGUUAUUGAAAUUCAGGGACAUGCUGCUCUUGGGUCACACUCGUAUGCACACUUGGACAUCCCAAACCCACGUUACCUUGGCCCAGCCAUUUCCUCUGGGGCCAUUUACUUGGCCUCAUCCUACCAGAACAAACUGCGGGUCAUUUGCUGCAAAGGCAACCUGGUGCAGAGUCAAGAAGGCGGAGGAGAUCUGCAGCGCAACGGCUCGGGACAGAGUCCCAAUAAGCGUGGGCCGCCCUCCUACAAUGAGCACAUCUCCAAAAGGCUCGCCGCCAAUCCUCUGGUCCACGGCGACCCCGGCACGCCCCACCGCUACAGAGAGGCCCGCACGGAGUUCCGGCGGGACAAGUCUCCGAGCCGCCCGCUGGAGAGAGAAAAGUCCCCCGGCAGGAUGCUGGAGAGCCGGAUAGUCGGGUCUCCCGGCAGGGCCAUGGCUGCUGACCCCAGGCUAGAACGUUCCCCUGGCAGGGCCAUGGCUGACCCCCGCAUGGACCGCUCCCCCGGCCGGAUGAUGGACGUUCGAAGGGAGAGGUCACCUGGAAGGUUCGAGGAGCGUCAGAGACUUCAUACCGGCUCUGGGCGCACGCCCAUAAACCCCGUCAACAAGGUGUGGGACCAAUCAUCCGUCUAAGAAUCAGCGGAGCCACACGUCCUUCAUGGAAGGAGAAACUCAUCUUUUUCAAAGAACCAGUGAGAACGUUGCAGACUCGUCCUGAAACACUGCCUAUACUUAAGUACCUACACAGAAAACCAACCGUAGCUGUCGGAUACUAAAGGUAGUAUUAGACAAAACAAAGAGAUGUCCUUCAGAUUAGGCUAUAUUUUCAAUGAAGAACAAAAUGUCAUACUGGCCACAUAAACCUGGUUUUUAUGACGUUUUUAGCACAUGUUAAUAAUUUGCAAAGGAAAAAGCUAAGAUGUGGGUUUUUACAUCGAGUCUGGACUUGGUUGGUUUUGGUACUUUCAGAUACACCUUCACAUGCUGCUUACUACAACAUAAGCACAGUCAUAGAAACCCAACCUUAAAGUCAUCCGCAGCCACCAGUGAUGAAUGGUUUAAACUGGCUAAAAUCAACAUCAUUAAAUUCGGCUCCGCUCCUCCUCAAACUCCUUAACUACAGAUCAGGGCAUGGCCUCCACACACAGUCAGCUAAUUACAAUCAUCUUCAGCUGGUCAUCAGUCCACGCCUGACGGGCCGCGGCCGCAAAGCAAGCAGAGAAAAAGUUCAGUAUCGCCCUGGAUCACUGUUUGCCCUCCUGACGGGUCAACACUAAAAAAAAAUAAAUAAAAAAAUGCACUACCCACAGCCCACACCCCCAGCAGCGAUGGAGCAGUACCUUUCUAAUCCUUCAGAACACAAUCUGAGUGUAAAUAGAUGAGACAUAAUUUUAUAUAUAUAUUCUGAGAGGGAAUUUCAAGGCUGGAAAAAGCCGUGUCUAUUUUUGUUAAAGAACAAAGUGAUAAAAUAGUCCUCUUGAAUGUCCGAUGAGUAUUCUUUUAACGCGUCUUUAUCAAGUGAGUGAUUGUAUCUGGAUCUGACUCGUGUAUGCACUUCCAUCUGUCAAAAAGGGAAAAAAUCUCAGUACUGAAUCAUAUAUGAAGGAAUGAAGAACAAAAAAAAAGAAGAAACAAUCAUGUUUGGAGUUUAAAACCUUAGUACCUGAGCAUUUCUUUUUGUACAGUGUUCCUUACUGUUGUAUAUAAACUGAAAAUGUUCAAAGUGAAGAUGGAAAAGAUUUUUUUUUUGUUUUUGUUUUCUUUCUCUCCUGAUUCGUAAACGGCAUGGAUAUGUAUAUCUGAAACGAAACGGAGUGUUGUCUUCUGCUUCUGCCUCAUCGAGUUCCACAACCUUACAAAGCACGUAAAUAUUAACUACCUUGUGUGAACUAUCUGCUCAGUGAAGUCAUGUGACGAUGACUAAAUCCUAGCCUUUUAUUAUUAUUAUUUUGAGUUGAGACAUCCACAUCAUUGAGAAGAUCAGUAAAAUUACCCAUCCAUGUUGAUUCGAAAGACAAAUUCAUUUCUGAACAUCGGUUUUCAGUCAUGGUUCUUGAAUGUAAGCAGAUGAGAUACCUCACUUUGACUUCUCCAGUUUUUCCUUCUCGGCAGUAAGGCGCUCAGUUUGAAGUUAUUUCUGGAAUUUCUUUAAACUCCUUUAUGAACUUUACCCUUCCUUCCUGAAUGUAUUAAAAGUCAAGAAGAUGGAGCUGAUUUUACCAGUGUUUAACAAAAUGCAACAGAUUGCACACAUUUUCAGCUGGUCUCUGCAGGACUCUGUACAAAAGGGUUGCCCGCAUAUUUUAAUUUUUAUUUUUCUAUUUCAUCGUCUUUAUGCUUUACAUAUUCCGGAUCAUAAUGCUCUUAUGCUGGAUAUGAUAUUGAUGUCUGCUAACAAAUGUUUAAUUAGCAUUUCCUGUAGAGAUUUUGUCACAGAAUAUUAAGUAUUAUAACCAUUGUCUUUCACUUA